AUGAAGAGGAGUGAAAAGCCUGAGGGCUAUAGACAGAUGAGGCCAAAGACCUUUCCAGCCUGUAAUUAUAAUGGCAACAGCAGGCAAAUGUUGCAAGAAAUUCGGGAAUCCCUUAGGAAUUUAUCCAAGCCAUCUGAUGCUGCUAAGGCUGAGCAUAAUGUGAAUAAAAUGCCUGUAGAAGAUCCUCGACAAGUCAGAAAUCCACCUAAAUUUGGGACACAUCAUAAAGCCUUACAGGAAAUUCGAAACUCUCUACUACCAUUUGCAAAUGAAACAAGUUCUUCUUCUCGGAGUACUUCAGAAAUUAAUCCACAAAUGUUCCAAGAUUUGCAUGCAGCUGGAUUUGAUGAGGAUAUGAUUAUACAAGCUCUUCAGAAAACAAAUAACAGAAGUAUAGAAGCAGCAAUUGAGUUCAUUAGUAAAAUGAGUUACCAGGAUCCUCGACGGGAGCAGAUGACUGCAGCAGUGGCUAGGCCUGGUAAUCCCAACAUGAAGCCAGGACUUGUACAACAAUCAAUCAAUCGUAAACAAAGCUGGAAAGGUUCCAAAGAAUCCUUAGUUCCUCAGAGACAUGGCCCGGGCCUGGGAGAUGCUGUGGUGUAUCGUUCGGAAAGUCCCAACUUGCAGCCUGACGUAGGAAGACCUUUGUCGGGAUCUGGCAUAGCAGCAUUUUCUCAGGCUCAUUCUAGUAACGGACAGAGAGUAAACCCCCUGCCACCACCUCAAGUAAGGAGUGUCACGCCUCCACCCGCUCCAAGAGGCCAGACUCCCCCUCCAAGAGGUACAACACCUCCUCCUCCCUCAUGGGAACCAAACUCCCAAACAAAGCGAUAUUCUGGUAACAUGGAAUAUGUAAUCUCCCGAAUCUCUCCUGUUCCUGUUCCACCUGGGCCAUGGCAGGAGGGCUAUCCACCACCACCUCUUACCACUUCCCCAAUGAACCCACCCAGUCAGGGACAGAGAGGCAUGAGUUCUGUUCCUGUGGGCAGACAGCCAAUCAUCAUGCAGAGUUCUAACAAAUUUAACUUCCCACCAGGAAGGCCUGGAAUUCAGAAUGGGAAUGGUCAAACUGACUUUUUGAUACACCAAACUGUUGUCCCUACUGGUGCUGUGAAUCGACAGCCACCCCCUCCAUAUCCUUUGGCCCCAGCUAAUGGACAGAAUCCUUCGACUUUACAAACAGGGGGACCUGCUGCUCCUUCAUCAUAUACGAAUGGAAAUAUUCCUCAGUCUAUGAUGGUGCCAAACCGAAAUAGUCACAACAUGGAACUUUAUAACAUUAAUGUACCUGGAACCACUUGGCCUCAGUCAUCUUCUGCUCCAGCCCAGUCAUCCCCAGGCAGUGGCCAUGAAAUCCCGACAUGGCAACCGAACAUACCAGUGAGGUCAAAUUCUUUUAAUAAUCCACUGGGGAAUCGAACAAGUCACUCUACUAAUUCUCAGCCUUCAGCUACAACAGUAACAGCAAUUACACCAGCUCCUAUUCAACAACCUGUGAAAAGCAUUCGUGUAUUAAAGCCAGAACUCCAGACUGCUUUAGCACCGACACACCCUUCCUGGAUCCCACAGCCAGUUCAGACUGUUCAGUCCAAUCCUUUUCCUGAGAGUACCACUUCAAAUGUGACUGUUAUGCCACCUGUGGCUGAAGCGCCAAGCUAUCAAGGCCCACCACCGCCUUAUCCUAAACAUCUGCUACACCAGAACUCCUCUGUUCCUCCGUAUGAAUCGAUAAAUAAACCUGGCAAAGAGGAUCAGCCUAGCUUACCCAAGGAAGAUGAGGGUGAAAAAAGUUAUGAAACUGUUGAUAGUGGAGAUAAAGAAAAGAAACAGAUUACAACUUCACCUAUUACUGUUAGAAAAAAUAAGAAAGAUGAAGAGCGAAGGGAAUCUCGUAUUCAGAGUUACUCUCCACAGGCAUUUAAGUUCUUUAUGGAGCAACAUGUGGAAAAUGUUCUCAAAUCUCACCAGCAGCGUCUGCAUCGUAAAAAGCAGUUAGAGAAUGAAAUGAUGCGGGUUGGAUUAUCUCAAGAUGCCCAGGAUCAAAUGAGAAAGAUGCUUUGCCAAAAAGAGUCUAAUUACAUUCGUCUUAAAAGAGCUAAAAUGGACAAGUCUAUGUUCGUGAAGAUAAAGACACUAGGAAUAGGUGCCUUUGGUGAAGUCUGUCUAGCAAGAAAAGUAGAUACUAAAGCUUUGUAUGCAACAAAAACGCUUCGAAAAAAAGAUGUCUUGCUUCGAAAUCAAGUUGCUCAUGUUAAAGCUGAGCGAGAUAUUCUGGCUGAAGCAGACAAUGAAUGGGUAGUUCGUCUGUAUUACUCAUUUCAAGAUAAGGACAAUUUAUACUUUGUAAUGGACUACAUUCCUGGAGGUGAUAUGAUGAGUCUUUUAAUUAGAUUGGGCAUCUUUCCAGAAAAUCUAGCACGAUUCUACAUAGCGGAACUUACUUGUGCAGUUGAAAGUGUUCAUAAAAUGGGUUUUAUUCAUAGAGAUAUUAAACCUGAUAAUAUUUUGAUCGAUCGUGAUGGACAUAUUAAAUUGACUGAUUUCGGCCUCUGCACUGGCUUCAGAUGGACGCACGAUUCUAAAUACUAUCAGAGUGGUGACCAUCCACGACAAGAUAGUAUGGAUUUCAGUAAUGAAUGGGGCGACCCCUCUAACUGUCGAUGUGCAGAUAGAUUGAAGCCACUAGAGCGGAGAGCUGCACGCCAGCACCAGCGAUGCCUGGCACAUUCUUUGGUUGGGACUCCCAAUUAUAUUGCACCCGAAGUGUUGCUACGAACAGGAUAUACACAGUUAUGUGAUUGGUGGAGUGUUGGCGUCAUUCUUUUUGAAAUGUUGGUAGGACAACCUCCUUUCUUGGCACAGACACCAUUAGAAACUCAAAUGAAGGUUAUCAACUGGCAAACAUCUCUUCACAUUCCACCACAAGCUAAGCUGAGUCCCGAAGCCUCUGACCUUAUUAUCAAACUUUGUCGAGGACCAGAAGACCGCUUAGGCAAGAAUGGUGCUGAUGAGAUAAAAGCACAUUCCUUUCUGAAAACUAUUGAUUUCUCCAGUGACCUGAGACAGCAGUCUGCUUCAUACAUUCCUAAAAUCACACAUCCAACAGAUACGUCCAACUUUGAUCCAGUUGAUCCUGAUAAGUUAUGGAGUGAUGGUAAUGAGGAAGAAAAUGUGAACGACACUCUGAAUGGAUGGUAUAAAAAUGGAAAGCACCCGGAGCAUGCUUUCUAUGAGUUCACCUUCCGGAGGUUUUUUGAUGACAAUGGGUACCCGUACAACUAUCCAAAACCUAUUGAAUAUGAAUACAUGAAUUCACAAGGUUCAGAGCAGCAGUCAGAUGAAGGCGAUCUACAUGCAGGCUCAGAGAUAACAAGUCGUGAUCUAGUGUAUGUUUAA